GAAUUAUCCAUAAUUAACACACUUGUUUCAGUUUCAGUUUCAGUUUAGCUUGUAUUCCAAAUUGGAGCUUCCAAUCGAUGGGAGCAAUUUCGAGCUUCUCCUUUCCGGUUCUCUUCGGAGUUUCCUUUUGUCGUUCAACUUCUCUUCGAACACAACCUCUUAUGGCAGUUGCAUCUUCUUCUCAGCAGGAUGUUGCCGCAACUAAAUUACUCACUUUUCUCGGCAAAGGUGGCUCUGGCAAAACAACCGCCGCUAUCUUCGCCGCUCAGCAUUAUGCAAUGGCUGGAUUGAACACAUGUUUAGUGAUACAUAGCCAAGACAUCACUGCCGACUAUCUUCUCAAUUGUAAAAUUGGAACUUCCCAUGUUGUAUGCAGCAAGAACCUUUCAGCUGUUAGGUUGGAAACAACAAAAAUGCUUCUCGAACCUCUAAAACUUCUGAAGCAAGCAGAUGCCCAGCUUAAUAUGACACAAGGAACACUUGGAGGGAUUGUUGGAGAAGAGCUUGGCAUCCUUCCUGGAAUGGACUCGAUCUUUUUAGUACUUGCACUUGAGAGGCUUGUAGGAUUUUUGGGGAUAGCAUCUUCAAAAAGUCAACAAGAUAAAUUUGACAUCAUAAUAUAUGAUGGUGUCAGCAGCGAGGAAACCUUACGAGUCAUAGGUGGAAGCAGUAAAGCGAGAUUGUAUUUGAAAUAUAUCCGCACGUUGGCUGAGAAAACUGAUCUUGGGAGAUUGGCUGCUCCUUCACUCCUGAGACUUGUGGAUGAGGCCAUGAAAAUUAGUAGCAGCAAAUCUUAUUUCAAUGGGAGGAUGAGUUCAGAAACAUGGGACACUUUGGAUCAACUUCUAGAGAGAGGAUCUUCCGCCUUCUCAAACCCGCAGAGAUUUGGUUGCUUCCUUGUGAUUGAUCCUAACAAUCCAACCUCCGUAAAUUCUGCAUUACGUUAUUGGGGUUGUACAAUUCAGGCUGGUGCUCAAGUUUCAGGUGCUUUUGGAAUCUCCUCUCAGCAACCAAAACUAGAAUCGUUCGAAAAAGCAAAGAAAGAUCUAUCUCCCUUGUCUUCUGCUUUCAUCUCUAGUCCGUUAAUGAAUAGCCCAAUAGAUUGGAGCAGAGUUUUACUGGACACUGUGAAUGAAGAUGCUAGACAUCUUCUUACUUCACUAUCAAGCCAAUCCAGUGAUACGACAUCAUCAGUUAAAUUUGAUGUUGAAAGUAAAUCGGUUACUCUCUUCAUGCCAGGUUUUGACAAAUCAGAGAUUAAGCUAUAUCAAUAUAGGGGAGGAUCUGAGCUUUUGGUAGAAGCCGGAGACCAAAGACGUGUCAUCCCUUUGCCUCCAAAAAUUCAAGGAAAGGUUGGCGGAGCAAAAUUCCAGGACAGAAGUCUUGUUAUUACAUUGCGAUAACUCAAAAUGUUCUCUUUUUUUUUCCUUCCCCUUUACACCUUUUAUGCCUGAGCGUGAAAGAUGCCUGCUGAGGAUUAUUAAAUGUAACAGCCGAGGCAGUUUUCUCAUUACACAUUUCUACAUGAAUUGGACAAUCAGUAAUUUAUGCAAAGGAAAUGUGUCACUUUUUAUUCUCUC